AUGGAUAAUGAUACCUCUCAGUUUUUUCUUUGGGAAUUCUCAGAAAUUUGGGAGCUACGGGUUAUGCACAUAGCUUUACUACUGAUAUUGUAUUUAAUGACAUUAUCAGGGAACCUUCUCAUCAUCUCUGCUGUUGUUUGUGACUACCAUCUUCACACCCCCAUGUACUUCUUCCUGAUGAAUUUAGCCAUGCAGGAUGUUGGUUCCAUUUCAGUCAUUGUCCCCAAAGCUGUUUUUAAUUCUCUCAUGAAUAUUAGGACUAUUUCUCAUUUGGGAUGUGUUGCCCAAGUCAUGUUCUUCACCUUUUUCUCGGCCUGUGAUGUUUCCCUCCUUACUGUGAUGGCAUACGAUCGGUAUAUUGCCAUUUGUAGUCCUUUACAAUAUGAAAUGAUAAUGAAUAGGAAAGCCUGCACCAAAAUGAUUGGCAGCGUAUGGAUUGCCAGUCUUCUCAAUGCUUCAUUACACACCAUUUUCACUUUUAUUACUCCUUUCUGUUCUAAUAUUAUCAAUCAGUUCUACUGUGAAAUCCCUUAUUUACUUAAGAUUUCCUGUCCUGGUGUAUAUGCACCUGAAACUGGAGUUCUAAUUUUCAGUAGUACAUUAAUAUUUGGUUGUUUUAUUUUUANCCUGCAAAGAUGA